GUUUUCUUUUUCUUUCUAUAUCCUCUUUUUUUUUUAUAUAUAUAUAUAUAUAUUUCAUCAUGGCAGUUGCCGAGUUUAUGGAUUAUGUUGAAAAACAUCAAAACGAUUUUGUCGAAAGACUUCGUAAAGCUGUUGCUAUUCCUAGUGUGAGUGGAGAUCCUAACCAUCGUCCUGAUGUAUUUCGUAUGGGUGAAUUUUUGGUGAAUGAACUCAAAGCUCUAGGUGCUUCUGUAGAAACUCGUGAUCUUGGUAAACAAGAUUUCCAUGGUACUCAAACUUUGGACUUGCCACCUAUUGUUUUGGCCACUAUUGGUAAUGAUCCUACCAAGAAGACCAUUCUUGUCUAUGGUCAUUAUGAUGUUCAACCGGCAUUGAAAGAAGAUGGUUGGGCUACUGAUCCUUUUGUAUUGGUGGAAGAUGAUAAACAACGCUUGAUUGGUCGUGGAUCAUCUGAUGACAAAGGUCCCGUUUUGGGAUGGAUUAAUGUCGUGGAAGCACACAAGAAUUUGGGAUUGGAACUUCCUGUGAAUAUUAAAUUCUGUUUGGAAGGUAUGGAAGAAUCUGGUUCUGAAGGUUUGGAUGAACUUAUCUAUCAAGAAGCUGACAAGUAUUUCAAGGAUGUGGAUGCUGUAACCAUCAGUGACAAUUAUUGGCUUGGAACCACUAAGCCUUGUUUGACUUAUGGUUUACGUGGUGUAUCUUAUUUCCAUCUUACUAUUAAGGGACCUGCUGCUGAUUUACAUAGUGGUGUAUUUGGUGGUACGAUUCAUGAACCCAUGUCUGAUCUUUUCGCUGUGAUGAGUAAAUUGGUUUCACCUAAUGGCAAGAUCCUUGUUCCUGGUGUAUAUGAUCAAGUGCGUGCCAUGACAGCUGAAGAAGAAGCUACUUAUGAAAGUUUGGACUUUAGCCUUGAUGAUCUUCAUGGUGCUGUGGGUAAUAAGACCAAUAUUCAUUCUGAUGUUAAAUCUGUAUUGCAACAUCGUUGGCGUUAUCCUUCAUUGUCUCUUCAUGGUAUUGAAGGUGCUUUCUAUAAUCCUGGUGACAAGACGGUGAUUCCUUCCAAGGUGAUUGGUAAAUUCUCUAUUCGUAGUGUACCUGAUAUGGAUCCCAAGAAAUUGACUGAACUUGUGGAAAAAUACGUGACUGAUGAAUUCAACAAGCUUGGUAGCAAGAAUACUAUGAUUAUCAAAUGUUCUCAUGAUGGUAAUCAUUGGUUAGCUAGUCCCAAUCAUCCUAACUAUGUUGCUGCUGCCAAGGCAGUUGAAACUGUCUAUAAGGUGAAACCUGAUUUGACACGAGAAGGUGGUUCUAUUCCUGUUACUUUAAGCUUCCAAGAUGCUCUCAAGAAGAAUGUAUUAUUAUUACCAAUGGGUCGUGGAGAUGAUGGUGCUCAUUCUAUCAAUGAAAAAUUGGAUCGUUCCAACUAUAUUCAAGGUACCAAAUUAUUAGGUGUUUAUUUACAUGAAGUAGCCAAGGUUGAAUUAUAAAUAGUUUUAUUUUUGACAUAUGAAAUAAAAAAGAAUUUCUCCUUUGUGUUUUGACUCUUUUU